UGUCAACAUUUUUUUCUGUCGAAUCAUUCAAUUCUUCGAGCAACAGCAAACAGAAAAAAAACAACGAAACGUAAUUUGAAUCUGUCAUUGUCGUUGUGAUAGAAAAUCAACAAUUUCAUCUGAUCUGAAUAAUUUCAAAUUUGAAUGAAUUUUUGAAUAAGAAAAAGGUUUGAAACGGUGAAACAACAAAAAAAUGGCUACAAAUAAUAAUAAAACUGAUCAAGAUUGUCGUAUUAAUUUAUUGGAUAAUGAUCAUCAUGAAGAUCAUAGUGAUCAUCAAUUAAUUAAUAAUAAUGAUAAUAAUAAUCAACAAAAUGCAUGUAUUAUAAAAUUUAAUCCAAAUCAAUCAACAAUUCCAUCAUCAUUAUCAACAACAACAACAAUUAAAUCAACGGCUAUUUCAACAAAAAUUGUUGAUGAAAAAAAUUUAAUCAUAUCGAAUAAUAAUGAUCAUCAUUGUAAAGAAGAUGUACGUCUUGUUUGGCAUAAUUUAUCAUAUAUUAUUAAAGAAGGUGGAAAAUUUAAUUGUAAACGUUCAAUAAUAAAACGUCCAUUGAUUAAAAAUCUAAAUGGUUCAAUACAUGAUGGUCAAUUAACAGCUAUUAUUGGACCAUCCGGUGCUGGUAAAACAACAUUAAUCGAAUGUUUAGCUGGUCGUCGAAUAAAAGGUGUUAAAGGUGAUAUUUGUGUAAAAUAUAGUGGAAUACCAAAAUCAGCUAUAAAAAUAUCCUAUUAUAGUCAAAAUGAUUCACUUGAUGAAUUAUUGACCGUUGAAGAAUCAUUAAAAUAUGCAUUACGUUUAAGAAAUUGUCAACGAUUUGGUAAAUAUUUUGGUUUCGGUGUGGAUAAAAAUUCGGAUGAAUUUUCCAAAUGUUGUCUAUUAACAUGUGAAAAUUCAAUGAAUGAAGAUGAAUUACAUAAUAGUGGUAAAGCACAGAUGAUGAUGAUGAUGGCCGAUACAAAUAUAGCGAAAAAAAUGAAGAAAAAAGAUAUUAACGAUUUGAUUAUACAACGUGUUGUGGAUGAAUUACAUUUGGAUAAAUGUUUAAAGAAUCGUGUUGGCCGUUGUUCGGGUGGCCAAAAACGACGUUUAUCCAUUGCAUUAGAAUUGCUUUUUUCGCCAAAAAUCUUACUACUCGAUGAACCAACAAGUGGCCUAGAUUCGCUUAGUUCACUUCAAUGUAUUCAAAUGCUUAAAAAAUUGGUUAAAAAUCCACGAUCACCAAUGAUGAUUGCAACAUCGAUUCAUCAACCUACAGCUAAAAUAAUGUCCUAUUUUGAUAAUCUUUAUAUUAUAUCAUAUAAUGGUUAUUGUAUCUAUAAUGGUCCAACAAAAGAUCUUGUUUCAAAACUUUCAUCAUUUGGUCUUCAUUGUCCACAAUAUCAUAAUCCAGCAGAUUUUGUUAUCGAAGUUGCUACCGGAGAUUUUGGACAAGAUGUAAUUAUGGGCAUGGAAAAUCAUUUUCGACAAAUAUGUCAAGAUCAAACAUCUGAACGUUUAGAUCAGAAUGGUGAUGCAACAAUGAAAUCAUUAUCCAUACAUAAACUUGUACAACAUACACAAAAACAUUCAUUAUUGGGACAAUUAUUAGCUAUUUGGGUAUUAUUACGACGAACAUUAUUGAUAUCAUCAAGAGAUUUUAAUAUCUAUUAUGUACGAUUAACAACAAUUCUUACCAUACUUAUAUUGAUUUUUAUUCUUUAUCGAGAUAAUCCAAUUGGACAAUUAGAUGGUUGUGCAUUACGACCAACACGUGAUACAGUGGAAAAAAUACAAACAUUCGAAAUGUUUAAAUAUGAAAAUGUUUAUUAUGCAAAUUUUGGUUUCAUAUUUUUUUCUGUAAUGCUUAUGGUAUUUGUAUCAAUAUUACCAACAUUAUUAACAUUUCCAUUGGCCGUAUCGGUAUUCAUGAAAGAAAAUUUUAAUGGAUGGUAUUCAUUAAAAUCUUAUUAUAUUGCACGUAAUCUUGCCGAUUUACCACCAAUGUUUUUCUUUCCAUUAUUAUAUGGUUGUUUAGCCUAUUUUAUAACACAACAAUUAUUUGAAUGGCAUCGUUUCUUAAUGUUUCAGGCUAUAUUAAUAAUCGUAUCGAUAUUAGCACAAGGUCUUGGAUUUAUUGUAUCAGCAUUUUUUGUUAAAGAUGUUACUACAUCAACUGUAGUUGGUGGUACACUUAAUAUACCAUUAUUUUUAUUUACCGGAUUAUUGAUAAAAAUAUCAACAAUGCCUACAUAUUUUCAACCAUUUACAUAUUUAUCAUAUUUUCGUUUAGGUUUUGAAGCAAUAUUAGUAACAUUAUAUGGUUUAAAUCGUUGUGAACCAGUUGAACCAAUUACAUAUCAAUAUUUAAAAGGUGAAUUUGGUGAUAAUAUUAUCGAUAUGUAUGUUUGUCUUUCGGAUAUAUCACCAACAGCACCAGAAAAUGUUACCUAUAUGAUUGAUUCUUAUAAUGAAAAAUUUUUAACAACAUUAAAUACAACAUCAUCAUCAUUAGCAUUGAAUGCAUUUGAUUAUAAUGAUCAUACAUUAUGGUUUAAUCUAAUUUUAAUGGCUAUUUAUUUAUUAUUAUUACGUACAUUUGCAUAUUAUAUUCUAUAUCGUAAAACAUCAAUUAGAUAAAUCAAUCAAAUCAUUCAUUCAAUAAUUUCAUUCAUUUUCAUCAAUCAAUUCCAUACAAUUAGCAAUUUUAAUCAAUUUAUCAGAUUGACAUUGUAAACAAACUAACAAACAUAAACAUACAUAAACAAGAAAAACCAAAGAUUAUACAAUUGAGAUGAUGAAUCAACAUUUUUAGCUAAUAGGUUUUUUUAGUAAGAAUCCUCU